AUGAAGGCGGACCGGAAGCGUUUGAAGGCGGAGAAAGCAGAUCUGGUCAACCAGAUGCAGCAGCUCUACGCCACGCUGGAGAGCCGAGAGGAACAGCUCCGGGACUUCAUCCGCAACUACGAACAGCACAGAAAAGUAUGACACGUCACACACAAUGCUGGGAAGGCUUUGUUAGCUGUAAUUAAGAUACAAAGUGCACGCAUCAUAGAAGUUGUAUAAUGAUUGUCAUUAACCUGUUAUGUCAUUGUAAGUAAUUUAAUAGAUUAAUGAAUGUGUGUCCCUCUCCUCUUACUCUCCCCCUCUCUCUACCCCUCUAUCUCCCACUAUCCCCCCCCCCCCCCCCCCCCCUCUGUGUCUGUCAGGAGAGUGAGGAUGCGGUGAAGGCGCUGGCUAAGGAAAAGGACCUGUUGGAGAGGGAGAAGUGGGACCUACGGCGGCAGACCAAGGAAUCUACAGAGCACUCCGGUGCCCUGCGCUCCCAACUGGACCUGAAGGAGAACAGGAUCAAGGAGCUGGAGGCCGAGCUGGCCAUGGUGAGACACACACACACAUACAUACAGAUGGAAGCACACACAUACAGAAGCACUCAAAAGAAUAAACACCUGAAAAUACACAUACACGGUCGAGCCCAUUCAGCAAGCCAGGGUAAGAAACCCAGAGCUGUUCUACAUCUGUUGCUGGACCAUUACACUCCUUCUACACACACCGAGAAGAGCAGCCCCUCUCAACGUGUGUAUGUGUGUGUGUGCCCUCCCUGUCUCCUCCCUCAGAUAAGUAACAAUGUGACACAGAAAAUGGAAUACUGGGUGUUUGAUCGCCCCGUCAACAGGGAGCCUUCCCCUAGGGUCAUGUCGGUAAGAACGGCCCCCUUGCUCGCCUCUCUUUGUGACCCCCUCCCCUCGCUCUAUCUCAAAGCGUGCUGACAUUCCCCUGAUCUUCUCUCCAGUGUGAAAUUAAUUUAGGGAGUCCUGGGUUCUAAUAGUAUUUGAAAUACACCAAAUACUUUAGUUGUGUUUUAUUGAGCUUGCCUGGCGCAACAGAAACCAUUCUAAUAGUCCAGAAAAGCGCCAACCCCGUCCUUCUGGCACUCCACGCAGGCUCGUGCAAUCAAAUACUAUUUGAAACCAGUUCUGGUAUGCACGUGUAUCUCUAACCCCCUGGUUGAUGCCAAUGAGUCGAUUUGUGAAUGAUUUGAAUAUUCUCAAUCUGAUUGACCCCUUUUCUUGGUUUCAUCUAACUCGGAGUGACUAGAAGGAUCAUCUGGUGUAAUUGUUAGAAAACUGCAUUGAUGAAUUAAUGAACUAACAUCUGAGUUCCACAUAAGGGCUCAUGGUUUGACCAGCGAAAUGCUUAGCACUCUGUCCUGCAUGUCUAAGGAUUGUGAACGGGUGAUUAAGGUGAUGUUGUUGGUGAUACUGGUGAUGAUGAUGAUGAUGAUAAUUAGGAUGAGGAUGGGUGUACUAGUGUUGCAAAGGGAGGGUAUAGUACUGGAAACUUUCACAGUUUACCAGUAAAGUACCAGCAUUUUGGUAACUUUCAAGGAUUUUAUGUAAUUUAUCACAAGACAUCUAGUGGCUCUUUUGGAUAAUUGAGAUUAUCACAGGUGGCUGUACUUAUCUCUGGCCCUCUGUGUGGCCUUAUCACAUGUAAAGUACACUGAACAAAAAUAUAAACGCAACAUGUAAGGUGUCGGUCACAUGUUCCAUGAGUUGAAAUAAAAGAUCCCAGAAAUGUUCCAUAUGUACAAAAAGCUUUUUUCUCUCAAAUUUUGGCACACAUUUCUUUACAUCCCUGUUAGUGAGCAUUUCUCCUUUGCUAAGAUAAUCCAUCCACCUGACAGGUGUGGCAUAUAAAGAAGCUGAUUAAACGGCAUGAUCAUUACACAAGUGCACCUUGCAGUUUUGUCACACAAUUCAAUGCCACAGCGUGCAAUUGGCAUGCUGACUGCAGGAAUGUCCACCAGAGCUGUUGCCAUAAACCGCCUCUAACGUUGUUUUAGAGAAUUUGGCAGUAUGUCCAACCGGCCUCACAACCACAGACCACGUGUAACCACGCCAGCCCCUUGACCUGACUGCAGUUCGGCUUCGUAACCGACUUCAGUGGGCAAAUGCUCACCUUCGAUGGCCACUGACAUGCUGAAAAAUCCCAGUUUCAACUGUACUGGGCAGAUGGCAGUGUGAGCGAGCGGUUUGCUGAUGUCAACGUUAUGAACAGUGCCCCAUGGUGGGGUUAUGGUAUGGGCAGGCAUAAGCUACGGACAACGAACACAAUUUAAUUUUAUCGAUGGCAAUUUCAAUGCACCGAGAUACCGUGACGAGAUCUUGACGCCCAUUGUCGUGCCUUUCAUCCGCCGCCAUCACCUCUUGUUUCAGCAUGAUAAUGCAUGGCCCCAUGUCGCAAGGAUCUGUACACAGUUCUUGGAAGCUGAAAAUGUCCCAGUUCUUCCAUGGCCUGCAUACUCACCAGACCAUUUCCUUAUAGGAACUGGAACUCAGUAAAAUCUUUGAAGUUGUUGCAUGCUGCAUUUAUAUGUUUGUUCAGUGUAUAUAACAUAAUCAAAUAAGAUUAUUUCAAAAUAAAAAAUUGAAUGACAGAGUUGUAAAACAUUAUCCUAAAUAUAAACCAUCAACUUGGCAAAUAACAUUGGUGUUUAAUAUGAGGGUUCCUGCAUCAAAUACGCUUUGUAAAAUGUUUUACACACUUCUUUAUUUUACUAUGUCAGAUGUUUUGGUACCAAACUGGUGGCAGUUGUGAAAAAAAGUUUUUAGUUGGAAGAGUUGCAGAGUUAAUUGAAAAUAAUGCCAUUGUUGAUUAGAUGCUUCUUUCAUUAAUUAGGCUAUUUUCUCUUGUACCAUAUGGUCUAUCCACCAGAAACUCAUGGACAAUAUGGACACAUAUAUCAAAAAUGAAUACUAUAUAUGAAUAAAGUUAUAAAAGUAUAAAUUACUAAAGUUACCAUAGAUUGACAUAAAUUACCUGUUAAUUACCAAAAUUACAGAAGAUUCCAGUAACUUUGGUAAAUUACCGUUAGCUUUGCAACCCUAGGGGUGACGAUGAUGAUGAUGAUCUCUCUCACUCUCUUACUCCCUCGCUCUCUUUCUAUUUUCCCCAUAUACUCAUUUUCGCUAUCUACCCCCACUCCCCCCCUCUCUCUCUCCCUCUCUUUCUCUCUAUCGCUCCCUCUCUCACAUCCUCUCUCUCUCUAUCUUCCCCCACUUCUCGCCCACCUCUGUCUCUAACCCACUCCCGCUCUCUCUUUCUCUGUCUUUAUGUUGGCUGUUAACACUUCCACUAGCUAUUCUGUCCAUCUCUCAGCACUCCAUCAGGAGCGUCAGUGAGAGAUUUCACACAUCAAAGGGGAACACGCGUACGGCUGAAUUUUUCAUGAAACACAGACAGACAAGAAAGCCCAACAGAGACCAAAACCCACACAGCAGUGUCACUAUUGUAGUGGGCUGUUUAUAUACGUGCGCACACUUGAGCGCACCCACACACGCACAUACAUUAUGAACGUUCACACACACACUUGGGAAGAGUCAUGAAUAGCCAUCUUGUGUAGGAAAAUAUUGUAAAAUAAGCAAUGGUAACGCUGCAUGGGGCUGAUGUGUGUGUGUGUGCGUGUCUUCCCUCCUAGGCAAAACAGUCCUUAGCGACCCUGACCAAGGACGUGCCCAAGCGCCAGUCUCUAGCCAUGCCCACAGAGGCAGUUGUCAAUGGCAACAACCAGGAGUGGGUGAUGCACGCGGACCUGCCCCUCACUGCAGCCAUCCGGCAGAGUCAACAGACCCUCUACCACGUCCACACAGGCCACCCCACAGACAGACAAGGUGAGGCACAUACAGUACCAGUCAAAAGUUUGGACACACCUACUCAUUCAAGGGUUUUCUUUAUUUUUACUAUUUUCUACAUUGUACAAUAAUAGUGAAGAGAUCAAAACUAUGAAAUAACACAUAUCAUGUAGUACCCAAAAAAGUGUUAAACAAAUCAAAAUAUAUGUUAUAUUUGAGAUUCUUCAAAGUAGCCACCAUUUGCCUUGAUGACAGCUUCGCACACUCUUGGCAUUCUCUCAACCAGCUUCACGAGGUAGUCACCUGGAAUGCAUUUUAAUUAACAGGUGUGCCUUGUUAAAGGUUAAUUUGUGGAAUUUCUUUCCUUCUUAAUGCAUUUGAGCCAAUCAGUUGUAUUGUGACAAGGUAAGGGUGGUAUACAGAAGAUAGCCCUAUUUGGUAAAAGACCAAGUCCAUAUUAUGGCAAGAACAGCUCAAAUAAGCAAAGACAAACGACAGUCCAUCAUUACUUAAGACAUGAAGGUCAGUCAAUACGGAAAAUGUCAAGAUCUUUGAAAGUUUCUUCAAGUGCAGUCGCAAAAAACAUCAAGCGCUAUGAUGAAACUGGCUCUCAUGAGGACCGCCACAGGAAAGGAAGACCCAGAGUUACCUCUGCUGCAGAGGAUAAGUUCAUUACAGUUAACUGCACCUCAAAUUGCAGACCAAAUAAAUGUUUCACAGAGUUCAAGUAACAGACAUAUGUCAACAUCAACUGUUCAGAGGAGACUGUGUGAAUCAGCCCUUCAUGGUCGAAUUGCUGCAAAGAAACCACUACUAAAGGACACCAAUAAGAAGAAGAGAUUUGCUUGGGCCAAGAAACACAAGGAAUGGACAUUAGACCAGUGGAACUCUGUCCUUUAGUCCAAAUUUGAGAUUUUUGGUUCCAACCGCCGUGUCUUUGUGAGACACAGAGUGGUAAACGGAUGAUCUCAGCAUGUGUGGUUCCCACCGUGAAGCAUGGAAGAGAAAAGGUGUGAUGGUGUGAGGGUGCUUUGCUGGAGACACUGCCGGUGAUUUAUUUAGAAUUCAAGGCACACUUAACCAGCAUGGCUACCACAGCAUUCUGCAGCGAUACGCCAUCCCAUCUGGUUUGCGCUUAGUGGGACUAUCAUUUGUUUUUCAACAGGACAAUGACCCAACACAUCUCCAGGCUGUGUAAGGGCGUUUGACCAAGAAGGAGAGUGAUGGAGUGCUGCAUCAGAUGACCUGGCCUCCACAAUCACCCAACCUCAAGCCAAUUGAGAUGGUUUGGGAUGAGUUGGACCGCAGAGUGAAGGAAAAGCAGCCAGCAAGUGCUCAGCAUAUGUGGAAACUCCUUCAAGACUGUUGGAAAAGUAUUCCAGGUGAAGCUGGUUGAGAGAAUGCCAAGAGUGUGCAAAGCUGUCAUCAAGGCAAAGGGUGGCUACUUUGAAGAAUCUCAAAUAUAGAAUAUAUUUUGAUUUGUUUAACACUUUUUUGGUUACUACAUGAUUCCAUAUGUGUUAUUUCAUAGUUGUGAUGUCUUCACUAUUAUUGUACAAUGUAGAAAAUAGUAAAAAUAAAGAAAAACCCUUGAAUGAGUAGGUCAUUCAAACUUUUGACUGGUACUGUACAUACAUACACGCACACACACACAUGCACACUCAUGCAUGCACACACACACACACACACACACACACACACACACACACAAAGGACGACACUGGUGGGACUGUUACCCAUGUGUAACUGAGUUAAGAACGUACCGUAAGCUCACUCCAUAGCUAUCAUAAAAUGUUGCAGAUGGAGCCAUCAAAUUGGUACCUUUCGGGUGGCUCAAACUGUUUGAGCGUUCUCAAGGAAGGCGGUCACGUGUGUUAGCAAAGAAUAGGUCCCGAGUUUGAGCCAGGUAUGGGCCUAAUCGGGGUAGCGGGAAUCGCUAAGCAAGCAAUGUGAUGUCCGAUUUCUUCCUGAUGUCACGAUGCAUGGUAACUUUUGAACAAGCAAAUCUGUAUAUGCGUCUUACUUUACUAUAACCUUUGCCUGCUCAAAGUCAGUUAAAAUCACAUGAUGCACAGCAGAUGAUGUCAAAAGUGUUUACUUGUGAUGUCAUCAGAAACACUUACCUUCUAUCUUUGUGACCACAAAACAUAGAAAUCCAUCAUGUUCCCAUGUGGAUGUUGGGGUGGUGCUGGAGAUUAAUAUGAGGUUGACAUUUUUUGUACAUUUACCGUCAACAACCCAUUUACUUGUUUCAAACCUGUUUUCAACAUUUGUCCUCCGCUUUUCUUCCUUUGCCCCCAAGUGGCUGCAGUCAGGGUGAGCCCAUGUCACUCCCGCCAGCCCUCCAUCAUCUCAGAUGCCUCGGCCUUGGAGGGCGACCGCUCAUCCACCCCCAGCGACAUCAACUCCCCCCGCCACCGGACACACUCCCUCUGUAAUGUAAGAGCUGCCCACCCACCGCCACACCCCUUCAAGUAAUCAACUCCUUCACAACUCUACUCUAAUCCUGAUCUCUCCCAACAUCUCUAUCUAAAGUUAUGUCUGGCUGGAAAAUAGGGGAUAUGAGAGAGACGCUGGUUUUUGCAUCACUGAUUAGUUGGAAGAAUCAUAAUUUCACAGGGGUGUUCUACACCUGGCAUCUGUGGAAUCUUUCACAUUUUGAAAGGGGAGGGGUUCAUUGGGCCCAUAUGGUCAAGAGGAUUUCAGAGAAGUGGGUGUUAUCUCAAAUAUCUCAACGCUCCCCAGAACCAAAUCCAGUGGCUGGCGCAACAUUUGGUUCUGGGUUCCGAGAUUACUCUACUCUUAGCCUGGUCCCAGAUUUGUUCGUGCUGGUUUGCCAACUCCCAUGGUCGUUCACAAACAGAUCUGGGACCAGGCUACUCUACUCCCCCUCGCUGAAAGCAUGCCCCUUGUGCUGUAGUUGAGGGAGUUUCACCAGAACAGCCAGACUUAGACUUUUAAAAAGUAGGUUUUAUUUGGGAUAGCUCCCUACAUAGAGUUGCGUUACGAAUGGGAUAAUUUUUUGGGGGACAGAUUAUCAAAAUUGGGCUGGUGUGUUGGUUUCUGGCUAGCGUUAGAUCGGUUCCAGUUAUGUUGACGUUAUUCUAGCCACUUCAACUGUGGUUUUCCCACUCUCCCUUCAUGUGUUAAAUUCUUUGAGUGUGCUGCCUAUCAGAUAACAGACACAUGCCUGGCUAGUUCACUCAGUAUCACUUCAUCCCUUUCUGUCUCUCUCUCUUUCUUUCUCUCUCUACGGCUUUCCUUCCUUCACUCGCUAUGUGUUGUAUAUUUCUGUUCUUCUCAUCUCAUUCUCUCUGAUCCCUCGUCUCUCUCUCCCUGCAGUCACUAGAGGAUCUGGAGGACCAGAAGCGUAAGAAGAAGAAAGAGAAGAUGGGCCUGGGCUCUCUGUCACGCGUCUUCGCCCGGGGCAAGCAGCGGAAGUCAAUGGACCCGGGUCUGUUUGAUGGUACUUCAACUCCUGAUUAUUACAUAGAGGAAGAUGCAGAC